AUGAUACAUAAAGAGUUCCCUAGAAGGGAAGAAAAGGAAGGUGUCAAGGAUUGGGAACCUCCAAUUAUUCACUGUACACAUGAUAACAAUUAUGAUUUUUAUGACCCUUUUUUAGGUGUUAGUUUUGAGGAGCAACAAUAUAGGCAUCUCAGAAGCCAACAAGAGGAAGAUGACUCAAAAUGGAAUACUUUUGUCCUCGAGAUAGCAUAUAUAAGUGCCCAGGAACUAGGAUUGGCUCGUGCUUUGAAGAGACAACCUGAUGAAAUCUUAGCAAAGCUGAGUAUAGAAAGGAAUAUCAUUAUUGAAAACAGUAGUGAAAAUUCAAAAGAAAGUAAGGAUGGAACAAGUGAAUCCAAGGAAACUACUAUCCCUAAAUACAACCCCCCAUAUAGAAAAGGAGUUGAUCAAUGCUUCACAAGCUUUCAUAAUCCUUUAUAUGAACAAGGGAGUAGAGAAGGAAAUAGAGGACAUCAUAAUGAACAUGAAAGAGGUGGUUGGAGAAAAGAUACGCAUUAUAGGGAAGGAAAUGACUAUGAUGGCACUAGACAAAGGAACAAUAAUGGAAAUAAUGGUGGCAAUAAUAAUGGCAAUCAUGGGACUGGUAAUGGUGGAAACAACAGUAAUUAUAAUAAUAAUGGAGGUAAUAACAAAAACAAUAAUAACAAUGGGGGUAACAAUGGAAAUCAUGGUAACAAUGGUGGUAAUAAUAAUUAUGGAGGAAAUGGAAAUAAUAGAAAUAAGAACGUUGGAAAUCUAAAUUCACAGAAUAAUAAUCAAGGAUAUAGACGACCUACGAUUAUUGAAAGAUACAGACAAUUGGAUUUCACUGGCAUUAUUGGUUAUCCAAAUAAAAUCCCAAAUGAUUUAAGGCCUGAUACUUUACAACAAGCUUUCAUAACAGUUGUUACCAUUGAGAAUAACAUGAGAGUUGCUGGGAAGGGAAGAGAUGAGGAUUCAUCUAAGGAGGAGAAAAAAUAUGAUGUGCAUCAAAGAAGGAAGAAUUUGCAAUAUAGUAUACAACAGGUCUUUUCUGAUGAUGAUGAAGAUACCCCUACCUUGAGAAAAUUGUUUAAAGAGGAAGGAGUGCCUUCUUUGAGAAACUUGACUGAAGAGGAGAAGAAAGCUUUCACGAUUGCAGCUGUAGAACAAGUGAAAAGCAAUUAUCAGGUGAGAAAUAGGAAUGUCAAUAAUGAGCAUGGUAAGCCAACAUGCAUUUUUGCCAAGGUCACAAAAUCAAAUGGGACCAAUAACGACACAACCAAGGGCAAAGAUACAAGUGCCAAGAAAGGGAAAGAAGUAGAAUAG